AUGAAACCGACAGUUACCGACAAGUCAGGAAAGAAAAAUCAAAAGUCAUCCAAGCAAAAAGGAUCGGCGAGCAGACCUUCUUCUCCUUCUCCAUCUCCAUCUUCUCCUUCUCCUUCUUCUUCGCCUACUCCAAAAAAAGCAGCAGAGUCAUCGAGUAUACCGCAUGUUGUUUCAUCCUCUGGUUCAGGUCCUGGUUCCUUUUUCAACAAAAAACUUCAGUUUUGGAAGCUUCAUAUUCCUAAUGAAGUUGUUUUUGAUGAAGUCCAUUUUGGCAAAUUCGCUAGUUACUACUUACAAGGAAAGUACUUUUUCGACCUUCACCCUCCCUUCGCUAAGCUUGCCUUAGCCUUUGUAGCUUGGUGCGCUGGCUACGAUGGUCACUAUCUUUUUGACAAUAUUGGCGAUAGAUAUAAAGACCAUGGUGUUCCGUAUGUUUCUAUCCGCUCUUGGCCUGCUCUUCUGAGUUCUUUCGUCCCGCCUCUUGUCUUCUUGAUUAUGAAGGAGUCUGGCUACGAGCUUCCAGCUUGCUUAGUUUCUGCUUGUUUGGUUCUUUUUGACAAUGCUCAUGUAACGGAAGGUCGCUUAAUCCUUUUGGAUGCUACUUUGAUUUUUUCCAUGGUUGCUGCUGUAUACUGUUAUGUUCGUUUCUUUAAGCUUCGCCAUUCUCCCUUCUCCAGAGCUUGGUGGAGUUGGCUGUUUCUUACUGGUAUAUGCCUUUCUUGUACCAUCAGCACAAAAUAUGUUGGAACAUUUACCUUUUUGUCCAUCGGCUUAAGUGUUUGCUUGGAGUUAUGGUAUCUUUGGGAUAUUAAAACAGGUCUUCCUAUCAAACAGUUCGCUAGUCAUUUCUUAGCACGCUUCUUUUGUUUGAUUGUUUUCCCUUUUGCUCUUUAUCUCUUUUGGUUCUUUCUGCACUUCAAAUUUUUGCCAACUAGCGGUCCUGGUGACUCCUUUAUGUCUUUACAAUUCCAGGAAACUCUUGAUGAAAAUCCAAUUACUGCUAAUGCCACUGGCUUGAACUACUACGAUAUCGUUACAAUCAAGCAUAUGGGAACAAAUUCUUUUCUUCAUUCUCAUCCUGACAAAUAUCCCAUUCCUUAUGAUGACGGCCGUAUUUCUUCUGGCGGUCAACAGGUCACUGGUUACCCCUUCGAGGAUGACAAUAAUUAUUGGAUGGUUUUGCCUCACAAUCACUAUGCUGAUCCUAAGUAUAAGCCCAACAUGCCUGUACGAAACACUGACUAUAUCAAGUUACACCAUGUAGGCACAAAUACAGAUUUGAUGACUCAUGAUGUAGCUUCUCCUUACCACCCUACGAACGAAGAGUUUACUACAACCUCUGUAGAUGAAUCUGCUGGAGCAAAACAUGAUUUUACUGUAUUUCAAAUUAUGAUCAACGAUGAAACGGCUCCUGAUCGAAAAGUUUUUACCAAGUCUAUGAGUUUCAAGUUAAUCCACAAACUCACCAAUGUAGCUAUGUGGUCUGAUCCUAAACCGCUUCCUGACUGGGGUUUCAAACAACAAGAAAUAAAUGGAGCUAAAAAUAUACAGACCGGUGCUAUCUUAUGGAUGUUUGACGAUAUCAUCGGUUUACCAGAAGAAAGAGUAAACAAAGAAAAGCGUGUACCUAAGAAGCUUUCUUUCUUUAAAAAGUACCUUGAGCUUCAGCUUGUCAUGUUCCGUCAAAACAAUCUGUUAACCGAAUCUCAUCCUUAUAGUUCUACUCCUUUGGAUUGGUUUACUCUUCAUCAUGGCAUUGCCUUUUGGGCAAAGAAUGAAGAGAAUAAGCAAAUUUACCUUCUCGGAAACCCCAUUGGUUGGUGGUUAAUCGGCGGUAUAGUCAUAACUACUACUGUGGUUGCAAGUGCUGAGAUAUUGUUGCAUCAACGAGGCAUAGUUACUCUGCUUCCCAGCGUUCGUAAUCAUUUCUAUCGCUCUAUCAUGUUCUUUUACGCGACGUAUAUGUUUCAUUACUUACCUUUUUUUCUUAUGGGACGCCAAUUAUUCUUGCACCACUAUCUACCUGCUCAGGUGGCCGGAGCUAUGUUAUGUGGCGCAUUUAUUCAGCUAGCUUGCAUGAAGUCUUUUCACUUACCAGUUUCACCAGGAGCUAAACAGCCAAAUGAUGUUGAUAGCCAUGGUUAUGCCAAAUCUCUUAGACGAAAUGGAUAUAUUAUCCAGGUUCUAACUUCUCUUGGUUUGAUUUCUGUCCUUAGCUAUUGUUUUGUUUUCUUUGCUCCUAUGACCUAUGGUAAUGCUAGUCUAAGUGUACCUGAAUGGCUUCGACGUAAAUGGCUCGAUAGCUGGAUUUUCCAGUAUCAAAAAUAG